GCUAAACAUUUAUAGACAUCGCGUCGAAGAUUUGGACCUUCGGAAUCUGAGCUGUCCUUACUCAAACAUCCAUGCGCGAUGAGAUCGCAAGCACUAUUAAUAUCACGCCCACAUGGAUGCGACCGACGUUGCCCGGAAUAAUAGCUUGAGCACGACGACGUCGACGACAAAAAAAAAAGUGGCCGCCAACGCAGACCGUCACCAAAUUGGACCAAACAAAACCGGAGGGUCACGCGAUGUGGCGUAAUAAAUCCUUGGUCAUUGGUGUGGCACAUUCCUCCCUCCGGGACCCACACAUUCUUUGAGGUCCGAAAUCCCCUCAUUGCUCCCUUGUCCUCUAGUCCAUUCAGAUUAUAUUCCUUGUAAUACCUCAGGAAUGCCAACGAAGAACGUGGUCAUUGUCGGUGGUCAUGGCAGGGUCUCCCUUAAGCUUCAAUCCAUCAUCGGAUCUACGCACUCAGUAACCUCGAUAAUUCGCAACGCCGCCCAAAUCCCGGAGCUUGAAGCCAUCUCACCCAAUAUCAAACCUCUCGUCCUGUCCAUCGAAGACUCGUCCGUCUCCGACUUUACUAAGGCCUUCAAGGACGCCGAUGCGGGCGUCGUUGUCUUCUCUGCGGCGGCGGGAGUUGCGGGUGGGGCAGAGAGGACGAAGGCCGUGGAUUUCGAAGGAGCAGUGAAGGUGUUCGAUGCGAUCGAGAGCCUGCCUGAGGGAGGGAAGGGAAGACCCAAGUUGGUGCUUGUGAGUGCGCUUGAUGUGAGGAAUCCGGACGUGAUUCCGAAGCAUUAUAACGAGAAAGACCUAGAUGUCUCCCGCCGCAUGCGUGCAGCCCUAGGCAUAUAUUUCCACUAUAAAUACCUCGCCGACCUGGACCUGACGGCACGCACGUCCUUCCCCUGGUUCAUCCUCCAUCCUGGAGGUUUGACGGAAGAGAAGGCAACGGGGAAGGCGGGCAUCGGGAGGACACAUUUGUAUCCUCCGAUUUCGCGAGAAGAUGUUGCAGCCUUGAUCGCGAAGAUCAUCGAUAUUUCGGACGCAAAGGGGCUCGUGAUGGAUCUUGUAGGUGGAGAAGAACCGAUUGGAGAAGGAGUGGAGAGGUUCGUGAAGGCGGGAGUGACAGACUGGUUGGGCUGAUAGACAUGGAUCGUGUAAAGCGAGAAUAGUUGUCUUGCUAGUCGGACCUGUAUGAACGUCAAAGUAGAAAUAAAUGUAAGAAGCG